AGUUAAAUCACCCUCCUGUCAUCCUGCACCCGCAAUUGGUCUCGGUGGCGCAGUGCAACACACCGAGCCAAGCGCACAGCGGCCAAGUCCGCGCGGGUAAGGAUUUCGUCCUGAGAUUCCGCAUCAAGCAAGAGGCCAACAAGACCACACCUCCCUCCCAGGUGUGAGCCCGCCGCAUGCCUGCACACACCGCCCUGCUCGAGAGAGAUUUCCCAUGCGCUUUUUCCCAAGAGGGCAUGUAAGUACCGGAGACCUUGGGGAACACCUCAAGCCGCGGCCCGCCCCAAACCCCCGACGCAAAUCCUCCGAUCCCCGCCCCCAAUCCUCAUCUCCCUUCCUUCCCCCGACCCCGUCCCAUCACACUGUACAACCACGCACACCCCCAACCUCACUCAAUCCCGCCUCAGAUAGACACUCUCACACCCCUCCUUCCCCAGCACGCGCGCACCGCCGUGCUAUUCCCAGCUGCCGUCCGGCCGCAGGCCUGCAGCAGGCAGCGCGUACACGCAGGAUAUAUGAAGUCGCGCUGGCAGCCACUGGUCCGGCCGUGCGCACGGCGUUCCGCCAAUUUGCCGCGUGUUUCAAACAAAACGCACACGGGCGCAUGUCGCGAGCAUCGCAGACAGGCAUUUACCUUUGCAACGCCAAGGUUGCGUGUCGUUGUACUUGCUCCAGGAAUAGGUUGAUGGUGCAUGGAUCGCGUGUACCUACAUUCGCAUCUAAUCUGAUGGUCUGCGAUCAGGUACCCAGACACCGGCGCGACAUCAUACAUACCGCAGCACAGCAAAUCUCCUCACUCGCUACAGGAAUUACGCAAAGCCUUCCGCAUUCAUCAUUACUCUAAGAUUUCCAAUCCAUUCAAGACAUCGCGAGACGUCACUCAGUAUCUACGUACACAUAUGCUCGUAUACAAAGGAAAACAAAGGGCCAUGCAGAUAAAUGACCUUGUCGACCAAAUCAGCUCUAUUGGUCUAAAUUACACUUCCUUCCCUCAUGCAAUUCGGUUAGCCUCAACCAAAAUCGCACAAAGAAUAUACUAGAAGGCGAAGUAAUAGGAUGCGAUGCUCUGGGGUAGGUUUCUAGAGCCAAGCCAACUAACCGCCCUACGACACCUGGACA